AUGCCUCCGAGCCGAAGAAACCUCUCGUCCCUGCUCGUCCUUGGGCUGCUCACGCCAUCCAUCACUGGAGCACCCACCGGCGGCAAGACAGAAAACGCGAACACGAAUUUGAAGAAGCAACAUGUUGUUGAGCGGCAAGUUCGCUCCUCUGCCAUCAGCGACACCUGCGGUUUUUGUCCGGCGCUCCAGAGAUUGUUACCAUUGAUACCUGAAGCUAUCGAUGACCAAGCUGAACAGCUCAACAACGCAUUGAAAAACUUGAUCGACAAUCUCAGCCCGGAUGCUGUGAGCAGUGCUCUCAGUGGACUCCCGGCGAGCGUCUUGGCUCCGUUGGCUAGCGGUCUGCCGAACCUGUUUCCUUCCGGUCUACCAACAGGGUUACCCGGCGGCCUUCCUACAAAUGUUCCCGGGGGACUUCCCACAGGCAUCCUGAGUGGCAUUCCCGGAUUGCCCACAAACAUCCUCGGCGGCAUUAUUACAUCAGGUCUGCCGAACUUGCCUUCCGGCUUGCCAACUGAUGCACUUGGCGGAAUCCCAGCAUCUGCAAUUCCUACAGAUGUACUGGGCGGGUUGUUCCCAACUGGUGGUCUACCCACGGGCGCGGCAUCGGGUAUCCCAGCUGGCUUACCAACAAACGUGCUGGGUGGCCUGAUUCCCUCUGCACUUCCCAGCAACAUCCUCGAUGAUUUUCCAUCUGGGCUACCAACUGACAUCUUAGGUGGUCUUCCGUUGUCAGGCAUUCCUACCAAUGUGCUUGACACGCUUCCAUCCGUGCUGGGACUACCUACAGGCCUUCCUGGAGCUUCAGGUAUUCCAAACGGUUUGCCGACAGGUCUCCUCAACUCCCUGGGCGGCAUCAUCCCUUCGGCUCUUCCAUCGAAUGUGCUAGGCGGUCUUCCCUCUGGACUUCCCACGGACGGACUUGGCGGUCUCAUCCCUUCAGCUCUGCCGUCAGACCUUCUUGCCGGCCUAGUACCUAGCGGUCUCCCAUCUGGUAUUCCUUCUGGUGUCCCAAGCUUGCCGACUGAUAUCCUUGGUGGAGUUAUUCCCUCAGGUCUGCCAAGCAACAUCCUCGCUGGUUUGCCAUCGGGUCUUCCAACCAAUGCCCUUGGCAACCUUGAACCUUCAGGUCUGCCGACUGACAUCCUCGGAGGAUUAUUUCCCAGCGGUGCCCCAGGAGGCUUCCCACUAACCCUCUUGGCGGCUUCAUUCCCUCUGCUUUUCCUUCCAACAUUCUUGGAGGGAUUCUUCCCAGCGGUGCCCCAGAAGUCCCAGGCGCUUCAGGAAUUGCCAACAGGCCUUCCAGGACUGCCAGCGGGUUUGCCUACCGAUAUCCUUGGUGGCAUCAACCCUACCGCUCUUCCCAGCAAUAUCCUCGCCGGAUUGCCCUCAGGGCUUCCCACUAACCCUCUUGGCGGCUUCAUUCCCUCUGCUUUGCCCUCCAACAUUCUUGCAGGACUUGUCCCAACAGGCCUACCAACAGGUGUACCAGGCGGUCUCCCAGGCUUGCCAUCAGCUCUUCCCACCGAUAUCCUCGGCGGAAUCAUCACUUCAGGCCUGCCAAGUGCUAUUCUCAACGCUCUCCCCACAGGUCUACCCACCAACUCUCUCGGAAACCUCAUUCCUUCAGGCCUGCCUUCUGGUAUCCUCGACGGUUUGGCACCCCCUGGCUUCCCCACAGGAGUACCAAGCGGCGUCCCAGGCUUGCCAGCAGCUCUUCCCACCGACAUCCUUGGUGGCAUCAUCACUUCAGGCCUGCCAAGUGCUAUUCUCAACGCUCUUCCCACAGGUUUACCCACCAACUCCCUUGGUAACUUGAUUCCAUCGGGAAUACCGAGCGGUGUCCUUGGUGGUCUUCCGACAGGCUUGCCAGGAGCUCUCCCAACCAAUGGCCUUGGUGGAUUGGUUCCAUCUGGUCUCCCAGCAGGCUUGCCCACCGGCCUCCCCACCGACGCUCUUGGUGGCUUAAUCCCAUCUGGCCUACCAUCUGGCUUCCCAACUGUGGGUCUCCCAACCAACUCUCUUGGUGGCAUUAUCCCUACUGGACUUCCAUCCAACGUUCUUGAUGCUCUUUCGAAUGCUUUCCCCACAGGCCUACCCACUGGUCUUCUUCCAGGUGCCCUGACCGGCUUGCCCACACCCGCUAUCCCAGGUCUUCCAACGGGUUUCCCUACUGAUGCCCUUGGUGGCUUGAUCCCAUCAGGAUUGCCAACUGGCUUCCCUACGUCAGGCCUGCCCACUAAUGCGCUUGGAGGUAUUAUUCCCACUGGGCUUCCAUCCAACGUUCUUGAUGCUCUUUCGAAUGCUUUCCCCACAGGCCUACCCACUGGUCUUCUUCUAGGUGCCCUGACCGGCUUGCCCACACCCGCUAUCCCAGGUCUUCCAACGGGUUUCCCUACUGAUGCCCUUGGUGGCUUGAUCCCAUCAGGAUUGCCAACUGGCUUCCCUACGUCAGGCCUGCCCACUAAUGCGCUUGGAGGCUUGCCCACUGGCCUACCUACUGGUCUUCUUCCAGGUGCUCUGCCCGGCUUGCCUACACCCGCUGCCCCAGGGCUCCCAGCAGGACUACCCACUGACGCUCUUGGCGGAUUGAUUCCUUCGGGUCUGCCCUCUGGCAUCCCUACUUCAGGCUUGCCGACGAAUGCACUUGGAGGUAUCGUUCCGACAGGCCUACCAAGCAGUGUCCUAGAAGCAAUCUCGAACGCUUUCCCUACAGGUUUCCCUACUCCAGCUCUCCCUACUCUGGGUCUACCCACACUUGGUCUCCCUACUCUGGGUCUCCCCACACUAGACCUCCCGAGUCUAGAUCUCCCUACUCCAGCUCUCCCUACACUUGGUCUCCCUACACUUGGUCUCCCUACACUAGGUCUCCCCACUCUGGGUCUCCCUAGUCUAGAUCUCCCUACUCGAGCUCUCCCUACACUUGGUCUGCCUACUCCAGCUCUCCCUACACUGGGUCUCCCUACUCUAGGUCUCCCGAGUCUAGAUCUCCCUACUCUAGGUCUCCCGAGUCUAGAUCUCCCUAGUCUAGAUCUCCCUACACUUGGUCUGCCUACUCCAGCUCUCCCCACACUGGGUCUCCCUACUCUAGGUCUCCCGAGUCUAGGUCUCCCUAGUCUAGAUCUCCCUACACUUGGUCUGCCUACUCCAGCUCUCCCUACACUGGGUCUCCCUACUCCAGCUCUCCCUACUCUGGGUCUACCCACACUUGGUCUCCCUACUCUGGGUCUCCCCACACUAGACCUCCCGAGUCUAGAUCUCCCUACUCCAGCUCUCCCUACACUUGGUCUCCCUACACUUGGUCUCCCUACACUAGGUCUCCCUACUCUAGGUCUCCCGAGUCUAGAUCUCCCUAGUCUAGAUCUCCCUACACUUGGUCUCCCUACUCCAGCUCUCCCCACUCUGGGUCUCCCGAGUCUAGAUCUCCCUACUCUGGGUCUCCCUACACUAGGUCUCCCCAGUCUAGGUCUCCCUACUCCAGCUCUCCCUACUCUAGGUCUCCCCAGUCUAGGUCUCCCUACGGGUCUGCCUGCAGGUCUCCCCACAGGCCUACCAGCUGGACUCCCGACUGACGCUCUUGGUGGUCUGAUUACAUCUGGCAUCCCUACGUCUCUUCUCCCAACUGGGCUACCUACCAACGCCCUUGGCGGUCUUAUUCCUUCAGCUAUUCCAAACAAUGUUCUUAGCGGACUCAACGGACUCACUGGCCUUCCGGUUCUACCAACAAACGGACUUCCCAACGGCGGACUUUCUCCUGCCACUGGUAUCCCGACUCUUCCUGGAAACCCGCUGACAGGUCUGCCAGCUCCAACAAACAUUCUAGGCGGCCUCAACGGCCUGGGAAGUGCCCUGGGCAGCAUUCCGACCACUGCUCCCGCCAACCCUCUGGGCAGUCUCAUCAACGGUCUCCCCAAGCCCGCCACGCUCACCACACCCGCCGCCGCUCUGCCCACCGGCGUCCUCGGAUCCGGAACCGUAAGUGACAAGGUAUACAACUACACCUUCUUCGCCUCCGGCAUCGUGCAAAUCAACAACUCCUUCUUGCAGCCCAAGCGCGGUAUUCUGUCCGGCUUCCUGCCAGACAGGAUUCUCUGUGGACUGUUCUCAGACGGACUGCACAUCGGACGGCAUAUCGUCCCAUACCCAACUGCGACUCUGAAGCCAGGGGGUUUUGGCGAAGAGUCGCGUUCCAUUGGGUGGCCCGAGCUCACUUCCGAGAAAGACCGCAGAACCACCACACAUUUCACUCGUUAUCUUUCACAAGCUCAACCACCUCCCAACGUCCGUCAUCGGAUUAUGCCACGACCCUGCCAGCGGCGGCGCGAAAGUGCAGCUGCCCAGAGAAAAUCCAAGCCGAACCCGAAACCCUCAGGCCCACCCCCGAUUCGUCACAAGGCGCGACAAAAAGCUAUACAUAACAACGCCCGACGAGGUCGUGGCAACGCGCGUGGCGGAGGCCGUGGCGGAGGCCGUGGCGGAGGCCGUGGUGGAGGAAGAGGCGGAAGACCCUCUAGAGAUCAAAGCAGUGGCAAUGGAAUCGAGUCAAACCAGGACUUCAUAUCGUUUGCGUCCAACGGCAACAACUUCAACGUCCUCAACGGCGCGGGAAGCCGACAUGACCCAAUCGCGCUGGACGGCGACGAAUCCCUUGAGGACGGCGAGAUUACAAUGAGCGACUCCGACUCGGAUGACAGCGACGAUUCAGACGACUCGGAAAUGGAGGACGCGAAUGCUUUGACCAUCAACAUUGAUGUUAAUCACGGACAAAAAGCAAGGCCGAAAAGAGCGACUGUCAUGUUCCCUAUGAAGGAGGCUCUUGGCGUGUACAGAGGACUUUGGCAGGCGGGAUUCCCCCUGGUUCGGGGUACGAUGGUCAGAUAUGGCAUCGAGGCAUCCGAGACCAUGCUGUUCGUCGAAGACUUGCGGCCUUCGGGAAAUGUGGGCCCGUCGCAACCCUCUCGAAUUCCUCAUAGACCAGCCUCGAUUGCUCGUCCAGAGCUCGUCACGUCUUCGAGCUCAAUGUAUGCCACUCCCGCGUCCGCCUCGACGUCUCGUCAGCAAAGCACAAGCACUUCAACUAACAGAGCCUGUGCCAGGCCAGCGGCAGCGGCAGCGGCAGCCAACGGCGCGCCUGACUACAUCUUCGACUUCGGUGCGCACAGCGGCAAGCACUUUUCGCAAGUACCAGAAGGUUAUCUGCGGACCAUAGCCGGGAAUGCAGGGCUUCACGACAAACACCCUGGCAUCAAGGAGGCCUUUGACUACCACCGGCCUGGAUUGCGACGAACAGCUCCGGCAGAGCGAAAGAAUGCACGUGCAGCUGGAGCGCCGGUACAGGCAACAUCGCAAGGACGUAUCCAGGGUAGCCGGGAGAAUACAAGACCUGCAAGGCCUGCAAGAAAGUCGUGGACGACCUUCACCUUCCCCUCUGGAGCUCAUAUGAACAAAAAGUUGAACGAAGUGCCUGAAAACUAUCUGCGGACGAUUGAAGGCAUGUCGAUGCCGCUUCGGUCGGGCAAAGUACUGCCGAAAGAUGGCAAGUCGCAGUCGAGCGCGCAAGGCAACAAUUCUCGCCCGCAACAGCUCGCGCACAACGCCCACGGAACGACGGCGAUUAAGCGCACACGAUCACAUGCAGACACUUCGCCAACAGAUCCUGCGCAACAGCUUCCUGCAAGGAAACGACGUGCCACGAAGCCACGAGCCAGGUCUCCCGCUGCCGCGAAGCAAGCGCAGCCCAAAGAAGUCAUCGACCUAACCGGCGACGACGAUCCAGAUGAAGAGAAUGGCCAUCAACCAGUCCCACGCUCUAACACGAGGAGCGUCCGAUCUUCUGGCCGGCCCCACCGAGCUUUCAAGGAUGUGAUGGAGGGGCCCGAGCUGGAAGAUGAUGCCCACACUUCACGGCGUGUCCGCACGCAAUCAGCCGAGCAGUCCUUUGAAGGCCAAGAAAAAAUGGUAAACCAGAUGGUGGCCGGGUCAAAGAUGACGACUCGCUCCAGGAAGUGGAAGGUUAUGCAUCAACAAGCUGGCGUGCCGUUCAAAGAUCACGACUCCGUGCAAGAAGAGAACAGCAGCGCUUCAUGGGGUGUCCGCAACGAAUCCGUUCAAGAUUCUGGAGGAAGGGGUAAUGGAUGCAGUGGACUGGCUGUGGUGAUGUUCACUCAGGCGGAGGCUGUCAAGAUUCUGGAACGUGUUAUUCAAGGUGCAGCUUCUAACGCAAGACCGCCUUACACCUUGCGAACCGGCGAGUACAUCUCGUUCCCUGUCACCAUGUCCUACCACUUGGGUGGCAUGGGAAGAUAUGGCUGGGCACCAUCUCGAAUCGCAGCCGACGACCCCGACCAAACAGCAAUCAAAGAUUGCGAAUUUGCUCCUCAAAAGGCACCUCGCAAUAUGCCCAGGAAUUCCAAUCAUGAAGCGUUCCACGACGGCCAAGCUCCUCAGCGACAAGCUGCUCACGGUAUGCAUACAGUAGCCGCCGACUACGUGUUCAAUUGGGGCACGAACUACGGCAAGUCCAUUCGCGAAGUGGGCCGCCACUACAUCGCUUCUGUACUGGCAUCCCCUCGUCUUGCUCAGCUAUUGGAAGAACAUAUUGGCCUCCGUAAAGCCCUCAAGCUCUACGCGCAUGAUGAUCCACGCCUCUCAAGUGCGCCGUCAUCACCACUGGCUUACGCGAUUCCCAUACGUCCCGCAGCUUCGGCAUUGGAAGCUCUUGCUCCUGGUAUUCUCCCUGACGAGCCCACCGUCCCCAAAACGCUCGAGGAGCUCGGUCUGGGUCCUUCGGAGGUAGCGCGUGUUCGGGCUGCAGAAAAGUAUGUACUCGACUUUGGGCGCUUCCGAGGGAAAUCGCUUGAGCAGGUCACUCCCGCCUAUCUUCAAGACCUUGAGCAUAAUCACUUUGGUUUAGAGACCCACGCCGGUCUACGAGCAGCACUAUUCUUCUUCUACGAGAGAAACCCUGAGAAAUACCGUAUGGACUAUGGCAAACAUGAAGGUAUGACGCUACAAGAAGUUCCAAAAGACUAUCUUUUGGUACUAGAGAGUGGCGGUAGUAGGUUUCAGAAGAAGGAGAUGUUGCAACAGGCACUGUGGCAUUACAACGAGAAGAUGCGGAGGAGCAACGCAAAACUGAGCGGAACAUUGGGUCGAUCUGGAUCGGCUUAA